AUGGCAGACCCGUUCCACAUCACCGCCGAUGAAAUUAAUUGUCUCAUAUAUGCUUACUUUAAAGAUUCUGGAUUUCACCACAGUGCGUUCGUUCUCCGAGCUGAAGGCCGCUUGGAGCACUCUCAGCACUAUCGAAAGAAUAUACCCCGCGGCGAGCUCGUCGAACUGCUCAGCAAAGCGCUUUUGUUUUCGGAGGUGGAAGCACAUUGGCGGGGGGACAACAUGACGCUCAAUUGCACCAACCAGUUCAAAUUGCUGGAACCUCACGUGUGUUCGUAUGAUCCAAACUUCCCCCCUCCACCUCUCCCAGACGGCGCGCACCUGCACAUAUCUCAAACCCCUCACACAAAUAUCCAUACGGCUCCUAUGAAUGGCAUCGCCGAGUCGUCUCUCAAGAGGAAGACCAGUUCUACGUCCUCCCCUGAUGAGCUGCCUAGGGAGAAACGCACCAAGAUUGCCACAGGGAUGGAUGUGGAGAUGCAUUCGCCUGUCGUUGUAGAACCUAGACCACCUGCCCAAUCGAAUCCCACUGGGUCCGUGGAUGAGCGUUUGGUUGUGGCAUCACCAACUGCUACUCGAGAUACCCAUGUUGUAGACACAACGGAGCCACCAGACUUAGCAAACGGCGCGGUACAGCUACUCAAAGCACACAAGGCAGAGGUUUUCGUCUGUGCUUGGAAUCCUGUGGAUCCAACCUAUCUAGCAUCAGGGUCGAAAGAUAGCGUCGUGCACAUAUGGAACGUACCUGGCUCAUCGCAAGGGGAAACCACAUCACCUACUAUAGGACAUCCACUUACCUGUGCCUACGUCGCACGAAGUGAGGGCUGUGAUCUCACAUCGAUCACUUGGUCUCCCGAUGGCGCAUAUGUUGCUGUCGGUUGCUUUGACUCAGUCCUUCGUAUAUGUGAUGCCCAGGGAAAGGGAUACUUCACGCAUGCACAGCAUGAUAAGGGGCCGAUAUUCGCCGUGAGGUUCUCGCCGUCGGGACGUUGGCUCGUCUCUGCCAGUCUGGAUGGAUCAGCUUGUGUCUGGGAAGUUGGAGAAAAGCGGUUGCACAGGCAAUACCAGUGGUCGGAUUCUGAAAAAGAGUGUUGUUUGGAUGUAGAUUGGAUUUCGGACACGAUAUUCGUGACAAGCAAGGCUGACGGUCUAUCCGCUGGGCAUGCCAGCGAAGUCAAUCAGGUCAAGUGCAACCCUACUCGAACUAGACUCGCUUCUUGCUCGGAUGAUGACACUGGUCGAGUAUGGAACAUUGAAGACGUUGGUUCUUCACGCGCAACACCGUCUCCUGUCAUCUUGAAGGGACACAAUUCACCAAUCAGCAACAUAGUGUGGUCACCGUUCACGCCUGCGGGAGAGCAUGAGAUUGUUGCCACCGUCAAUGGCCAGUGUCUGUGUACCUUCAAAGACCACGUCUCGGUGAAUCUGUAUGCUUUGUCAUUCAGCCCAGACGGCCGAUAUGUAGGAACGGCCGGUGCCGACGGAUGGUUACACAUCUACGACGUUCAGGCGCGAAAGAAACGGUGGUCGUGGCAUGCCGGCAAUCACAGACCCAGUAUCUUUGAGAUUGUAUGGCAGCAAUCAGGACAGUUGAACCGUAUCGCUAUGGCUAUGGAGCAAUGUACAGUGGGAGUGGUGGACCUAACGAAAGUCCUGGAGUUGCGGUAG